AUGAGUAAAGGAGAUUUUGAAACGCUUAUGAAAGACAGUAAGGAGGUCGUUCAUGAGAACAGUGUUGAAAUAGUUCAUGAGAACAGUGAGGAGGUCAUACAUGAGAACAGUGAUGAAAUAGUUCAUGAGAACAGUGAGGAGGUCAUACAUGAGAACAGUGAUGAAAUAGUUCAUGAGAACAGUGAGGAGGUCAUACAUGAGAACAGUGAUGAAAUAGUUCAUGAGAACAGUGAGGAGGUCAUACAUGAGAACAGUGAUGAAAUAGUUCAUGAGAACAGUGAGGAGGUCAUACAUGAGAACAGUGUUGAAAUAGUUCAUGAGAACAGUGAGGAGGUCAUACAUGAGAACAGUGAUGAAAUAGUUCAUGAGAACAGUGAGGAGGUCAUACAUGAGAACAGUGAUGAAAUAGUUCACAAUGUCGUUCGUGAAGAAGCCAUUGCAACAAAGAAUGAGAUAAAGGAUUUCAUAGAACUUAACAAGGAGGAGUUUAAAGAAGGCUAUGAAGUGAAAAGAUGUGAAGAAGAUUUCUUGGCGUAUUUGAAGAAAAAGAGACUAAAGCCAAUGGCUCAAAAUAAGUUUCAAUCGAUGUUUGAAAAGAAACGUUUGAGCUAUGGUGGUGUAAGAAGCACAUAUUACUUUGUUAAGAAGUGA